AUGUCGAAGCACGCCUACUCGCUAAAAGCUUCGUGCGACGCCGCAGCCGCGGCGGCCGCCUUCUCCAAGGACCCCGAGGCACAGCUUCCCCUCGACUUCCCGCAGCCGCACCACGGCGGCUGCAACGGCCACUCCCCCUGCAACGGCCUCGGACACAGCCACGGCCUCGGCGGCUUUAGGGCGCACCCGCCACCAACCUCCGAGCCACGCGGCAGGCCCCUCAUCCUGUCGCCGCCAGAGACCUACGCUGAAUGCGCGCGCCAUGGCGAGGAGAAGGCCCGGCUGGGCUGGCUGAAGCUGGCCAUGCUGACUGUCAUCGCCGGCUGCUACGUCGGUUUUGGCUUCUCAAUCUGCCUGCUGAUCGGCGGCAACAUUGGGAUGGACAUCCUGAAGGAGCGCCCCGGGCUUUUCAACCUCGUCUUUGGCGCCAUCGGCUUCCCCACAGGCUUCACUUUCAUCGUAAUCUGCGGCGGCGAGCUGUUCACCAGCCUGUGCGCGUAUAUGGCCGCCGCGUGGUGGGAGGGCCGCGCCACGGCGGGCGCCUGCAUCAGGUUGUGGGUCGUGUCAUGGGUCGGCAACUUUGUUGGCACGGCCAUAUUCGUCGGCCUCAUGGUGGCCUCUGGGGCGUUUGAUGGGAAGGAUGCUUACGCGAUGAUCCUGGCCACCAAGAAGACCCACCACGGCUUUGGCGCUUGCUUUGUGCUGGGGGUGCUGUGCAACUGGCUGGUUUGCAUCGCAACGUGGCAGGCCAACGCCGCGCAGGACAUGACCGGAAAGUUCAUCGCCAUCUGGCUGCCCAUCAGCGCCUUUGUCAUGCUGGGCUGCGAACACAUCGUCGCAGACAUGUACCUGCUGCCCCUCUCCAUCGCCCUGGGCCACCCCAGCCUGACUGCGUUUGACGUAGCAAUAGGCACCCUCCUGCCCACCACCCUCGGGAAUUGGUUCGGCGGCGCCGUCUGCGUCGCCACCGUCUACGCGUUUGCUUACGGCACCCCCAACAAGACGGUGACAGAGUGGGCGGCACGCAAGGCUCGCAGGGAUGGUGCAGAUGGGGGUGUGUCGAAGGGCGGCGCCGGCUUCAAGGCGGAUGGCUUUGCCAACCCGCAGCUGAGAGUGUAA